AUGGCAACUAAUGAGUAUUCAAUAUUGAGAAAAGUAUAAAUGUUGCAUUCACAUGCUCAACCUAAAGACUCUAAUUUAACUUUAGGACGAAUUACUAGUUAUGAAUCUAAUUAAUUUUGUCGUAAUUUGAACAUCAUGAUUUAUAGAAGGGCGUCUACAAAAGAUGAAGUUAAUUAUUAAUCUUUAUCUAAAAAUUUGUAGUAUUAUGAUGAAAAAUUAGCAAUCAGUAAUAUUAAUUAGAUCAUGUAAUUACUCAUUAAAAAUAGAAGUCCAACUCUUUAUAUUGAAAUGGAUGAACUAUAAAACAAAGUGUGGAGAUCAUUAAGAAAAUAAUAGUUGGUAUAAAAAACAAAUAUUAAAGCAAUCAGUUUAUUCAGUUGAGAUAAUAGUAUUGAAGAAUUAAUGUGAAUUUGAGUUCACAUUUGAUAUCAGCAAUCUUUCAUGCUUUCUUAGUGUAAGAGAAUUAAGUAUUCUCAUAAAUGAAACAUAUACAGAUAGAGUGAAAUUAAAAAUUCCAUAUUUGUCAAUCUUAAUUGGCAGAGUAAAGACUUAGAAAUUGGAUGGAAAUAUGAGACUCUUUGAACUUGCUCAUAUUCUAAUCAAUGGAUAAAGGACUCUUAUUUUAUAAGAAUCCUGA